GCAAAACCUCACAGCUAACCUCUUCAAAUUCUCUUAACAAAAAAAAAAAACCUCUUCAAGUUCUCUUCCUCUCUCUCUCUCAAUGGAGCCAUGGCUUGACGAUUUAGCAGACGACUUACAAAGCGUGAGCUUCACCUCCGCCGGAACCACCGUGAACCGAAGCACCAGCUCCGGUUCCCGCUCAUCCUCCUCCGCCACAGCCCUCACUCCAGCCACCUCCUUCUCCUCCGCCAAACUCCCUCCUUCACUCAGAUCAUCCCUCUCCCUCUCGGAUCUCCGGUUUCGCCUCCGUCUCGGCGCCGGAGACAUCGGUUCCGUCUUCUUGGCCGAGUUUAAAUCCGCAACGGCCGCCGAUAAGUUGCCUCUUCUGGCCGCGAAGGUGAUGGACAAGAAGGAGCUCGCGAGCAGGAGCAAAGAAGGGAGAGCCAAGACGGAGAGAGAGAUUCUCGAGUCGCUUGACCAUCCUUUUCUCCCGACGCUCUACGCCGCCGUGGAUUCUCCGAAAUGGCUGUGUUUGUUGACGGAGUUUUGUCCCGGUGGGGAUUUACAUGUUCUCCGUCAGAGACAGGCUUGCAAACGGUUUCAUGAAUCCGCCGUCAGGUUCUAUGCAUCGGAAGUGAUAGUAGCCAUUGAAUAUCUUCACAUGAUGGGGAUUGUUUACCGUGACUUGAAACCUGAGAACGUGCUGGUUCGAUCAGACGGUCACAUCAUGCUAACUGAUUUUGAUCUCUCCUUAAAAUGUGAUGAAUCCACCUCCACACCACAGAUCUUGCUGAACCGGAAUCAACCUCCAAACGGCUCGUCUGACAAGAAUGAUAACCAAGCCAUGGACCAUCACCAGACCACAUCGUCGUCGUCUUGCAUGAUUACAAACUGUAUCGUCCCUGCUGUCUCGUGCUUUCACCCGAGAAUCCGAAGACGUAAGAAGAAGACUGAUAACCGAAACAAUGGUCCUGAGCUUGUGGCUGAGCCUGUGGACGUCCGGUCCAUGUCGUUCGUUGGAACGCAUGAGUACUUGGCUCCUGAGAUUGUAUCAGGAGAAGGGCAUGGGAGUGAGGUGGACUGGUGGACGUUGGGGAUAUUCAUGUACGAGCUGUUCUAUGGAACGACGCCGUUCAAAGGGAUGGACCACGAGCUAACACUUGCUAACAUCGUGGCUCGAGCCCUUGAAUUCCCAAAAGAGCCAACGAUUCCAAACGCAGCCAAGGAUCUGAUCUCUCAGCUACUGGCGAAGGACCCGACCCGACGCUUGGGGUCGUCUCUGGGUGCAUCGGCCGUGAAACGUCAUCCGUUUUUCCAGGGAGUUAAUUGGGCUUUGCUCAUGUGUACUCGUCCUCCUUUUAUCCCUUCACCGUUCCGCAAAGAACUUCUAUCCGAUGACAUUUGUCCUGAAACCCACGUCGAUUAUUAUUAAUAUCUUAAUCAGCACUACGUAUAACGUAACAAAAGCAUUUAAUAAAAGUUUAGAUAUUAAUUAUAAAACAAAAGAGAAGACAAAAACCAAAGACACAACAUCGUGGCAUAUGGUUGUGUUAUUGUUAUGUUAU